AUGUCUUCCGAUCAUCAGAAGGAAGAAGCCUCGUCGCAGUCAUCGGAAGCCACACAUUCAAAUUUAUUGCAAGAUGGAUAUUUUCAUAAAAGCGGAAAAGGAGCAUCUGGUUCAAAAUUCAAAAGAAGGUUCUUCCGAUUAUUCAAAAAUCGGAUUGAAUACAGUUCUUCUCCGAAAGAUAAAAAGAUUAAGGGAGAGUGUAGAAUAUCGGACGUGCUGAGGGUAGAAGAUGCUUCUCAUGGCCCUCAAAAUUUUAAAUCAUAUGGUCUGUCAAUCAUUACUCCUAAGAGAACGUACAAAGUGUGUUUUGAAGAUGCUGUUACAAGACAAACUUUUAAAGAAAUUAUGUCAAGACUCAUCGAUCAACAUGACGAAGAUGAAGAUCAUGAUGAAGAGGAAGAAUCAGAAGAUGAUAACACAUUAACUAAUGAUUCAAGCGAAAUAGGGAAUGAAAACAUUGGGGAGCAAGAUGACAUAGAUCUUGAUGAUAACUUUGAUGAAGAGUUUGAAGAGAACCCUCUCUAUGGAAAGUACACAGAAUCAAUGCCUUCAGAAAUGCUUAUUAACCCAAAUCUUGAUCGUAUUAAGAACUCAGUACCAGAUCUUAACGAAAAAAUAGGGUCCUACCAAAGUGAUGACCAUGUUUUUUCUAGUGAUGAGCUCAUAUCUCCCAGACAAGACUAUUUUUCAAGUACUCCUCCAUCUCAAACAAUGGAUGAUUCAAAGAGAGAAGAUUGGAGCGACUACAGUGAGAACAGUGAAGAAAUAACACGUAUCCAUCUUCUUAAAAAGCAACAAUUAGAAGAGACAUUUGAGGAAGAAGACGUGCUUAUUUCAAAGGGCAGUCAUAUCGAGAUAGAGUCAAAGAUCCUGUUCCCGGAGAAAGACGAGAUCGAACUCAUUGAAGAAGAAGAAAGCAUGAGACAUCUUUCUAAAACAGAUGAGUAUAAACCGUUAUUGCUGGCGGAGGACAAUUUGAAUAUUGGAUCAAACAAAAACUUCUGUGAAAGGAUUGCUGAAAAUCACGAGUCUGAAAUCUAUUGGAGUGGGGUAGUUAAAAAAAUUGUUAAGGUUUUAAAGAACGUUAAAAUAGAUGACCGAAGUCUUGUUGUCACUAAUGGAGGGAUUUACUUGCUGAACACGAAAUCAAAAGGCUUUGACUUCAAAACGAGACUGGGCUUUGAGGAUAUAUCUUGUAUAUUAAUCAAUGCAUACGAGAGCGAGGAAAACGAUACCAUCUCAAUUCAGCUUAAUAAUCCAGUAAUCAAUAACGGUCAUGACAUGUUAUUGGCUUUUCAAGAGAAAGCCAAAGAGAAAUUUUUAAACCACCUCAAAUAUGCGUACGAGCGGAUGACACACAAACAGCUUGUAAUUCAUGCUGUAGAUGAUGUUACUUUAUAUUCUAGGAGCAAAAAGGCUGAUAAGAAACCAACACCCGUUCCUAUUUCAAAAGAGGAUAUUAUUACAUCGUCUGACCACGAUUUUGCAAAGCUUGUUUCGUCUUCUGAGUGGAGAGCAAUUUUUAGGAAGUACGGUGACAAGUUUAUCUCUUUCAGUGAGGAAGUGACCUCAUCCACAAAGAGGAUUUUUUAUAUAGUAACAAACAUGGCUGUUAUCAAAGCACAAGACACAAAGAUACAACGUAGAGUUGACUUGCAAGACAUUACUGAAAUUUGGAUUGAUAAUGCGACAAAAGACUGCUUUUUACUGAAGGUCCCUUCAGAAUAUGACUUUUUGAUUAGUAAUAGUCAAAAACGGGUAGAUGCUCUUCAAAGUAUUCAAGAAGAACUGAAUAAGCUUCAUGUGGAGUAUAAAGUUAUCCAGACAGUAAACGUGCAAGAAAAGGGCCAGCUCAAAAAGACACAAGAGUACAGAUUGAAAAUGAAGCGACAAAAAGAUCCCAAGAGAGUAAAGGAAAUACUUCAUCAAGCGAUGAGAUCAAAAGACCUUAAUCAACUUGAAAAAGCAGUAAUUUCUGCAAGAGUUGCUAAUCUUACGAAUGACAAGCUAUAUUCCCUUUGCGAACAACAGGUGAAGAAAAUCAAAGAAGCAAAGAUUGUGAAAGAAGAGAUGGAGGAGGCAUUUAAGUCUCAAAAUUUGAAGAAAAUGCGAGACCUUCUUAAGCAAGCAGAACUAUUACGACCUCAUCUCUCCCAGUUAAUUCAUACAAUGACUCCCAAGUACACUGAGCUUGUGAACACCAAACUCUUUAAGAAGAAAAUGGAACAAGCAAUCAAUAACAAAGACUACAAAUCUAUGAAAGAGAUAUUUUCCAAAGCAUUACAGGUUGGAUUAUAUGAGGAAGUUGAAAAAUACAAACGAGAAUACGAUGCAAAUAUUCAAAAAGAUAAUCUUAGGGAACUACUAGCAUUAAGCACUGCUAACAGAGAUGGCGACACCAUAAGAUUGAUAUUACUCCAUGCAAAAACGCUAGGAAUUGACCAUGAGAAAAUCUUUCAUGAAGCAAAGAGCACAAUUAGUCUUUGCAAAGCCGAAACAAAAAUGAAAAGAAAAUUAUUGAUGGCCAUGGACGACGCCAAUGAAAAUGGAAACGUGGAAAAUCUGAAAGCUCUUAUUAUUGAGGCAAAAACUCUUUUAACAUCGACCUCUUCUGCGCUGCAUAACACCAUUGAUAUCUCAGUUAAGGAGAUGGAAAAGAUAAAGCAACGGGUUAAAAUUAAGCAGUCGAUAGAGGAAGCAAUUAUAAGAAAGGACAAAACCGCCCUGGAGGAAAUUAUUGAACACAACAAGCACGAUGAUAGAUUAGAUCUGACUCGAGCAUACAAUUGCUUGGAUUUAAUUCAAGUUGAUAGAGAGCAGGAACAGAUGGCUGCUAUACACAAGCUGGAAGAAACAUUAGAUUCAUUUAUUGUUAGGUUUGAACAUGAACCUACAGCUGAAAAUCAACGAAAAUUAUUACAGGUCACAUACGAGGCUGAAAGGUUUGAUGAAUUGUCAGAAUUGGUUGCUUCGGCUAGAAACCUGAUACAUAAGACAAACAUGGAAGCCAAAAGAAGAGAAAGAAAAAUACUUUCUCUCAAACAUCGAUUAUCACAAGGUAUAAAAGAACGAGACAUUGAAUCGUUAGAAAUUGUCGUGGAAGAGGGUCCUUCAUUUCCUGAAUUGUCAGAUGAGGUUCAAAUUGCAAAGAAGAUGCUGACCGAAUUAUAUCUUCACUUACAUGCUAAAGAAAACUUGAUGGCUUCACCAUUGUCAAAGAACGCAAGUGAAACACAAUCAACAAAAGAUCUCGAAGCAUUUCUAAAAAGCGCUCAGCAGUCCUUGGGAACUGUAGAAAAAACAGUUGAACUGAAACUUGACUUUGAGGAACUUCUGGAACGAGGGGACAUUGUUGCCUUGGCCAAAUUUCUUUACAAGAAUCAAAACGUUCUUUCGAAAGAGGAAAUUGAAAAAGCUUCAUUGGUGAUGGAGGAACUUUCAAGGCCUCCUGAGCAAAAAGAUGAAAUAGUUAAGUCUCGACCAAUAUCCUCGAAUUACCUCAUUUCAACUCUCCAUAGCAAUAUUAUGAAUUUAUUACGUUCGUGUGACUCAGAUGUACUUGACCCAACGACCGGGCGAUAUAUCGUAAAUUUAUUUCCAUUUGGCGAAGUUAUAGUGAAGAAUAUUACAUCAAUUCUCUAUCAGGACACUCGACGAGUUUAUUGGAUAAAAGAAAGAACUCCCUAUGACGUUUUCAAAAAUCUCCAGUCAAGCGCUGUUCAAGAAAUGCUUAGAGAAUUCGAAGCACUUGAUUCUGUGCAACAAUUGCCUCAAGAAAAUUUUGGUAAAAGUGCCUCGCUUUUACUUAUACAGUUCUUCUUAGAUGCUGAUUUCUUGGUUUAUGCUUUAAAUCAGCUUUUGCAUGAUGAAAUGUAUCUCACCGAGUGUUAUGAGAAAUCAUCUCCACUCAUUCAAGGACAAUACCGCGACGAAUUAGUGGGGGUAUUCUCACUGCUUAAUCAAUUUGACUUUAGAUUUGGAUUAAGGAAGAAACGUUUGGAAAAACCAGUGUCUGCUUUUUCGACUCACUCUUCAUCUACACUGGAUACCAUGACAUUGCAUCCCAUUCUUCAACUUAAAGAGGCUGUUAAAUCCAUUGUUCAAUUUUUCUUUAUUAAGAAGAAUGUGGAGCAACUGGAUUUGCAAGAAAUAGGUAACGAAUCAAGACAGGUUGAGCUAGACGGAUUAAUAAGGAAAAAGCUUUUUUAUGCUUUAAUGGAUGUGUUUUUAAAAGGGUUUAAGAGUUUUUCAAUAUUUAAAACUUAUCACAUUUGGAAUGUCAUUGAAGAAGCAGCUCGUCUCAAGCAAUCAUCUGCUGUGGAUAUUGGAGGAAUAGGCAUUCCUUUGGCUGUAGACAAAGUGAACAAAAUUGUUGAGGAAAGACUGGUGCAUAAACAGCUUUCCAAUGUAGAAGACUUAAAAUUUAGAGCGUUUUUGUGCUAUUCUUUAAAUGACCAUCAACUAUCCUAUUUCAUUCAAUCCAUUUUUAGAGAACAAGACUUGAUAGCAAAUUAUUAUGAACCUGACUCAAUGGUUAGGAAUCAAGGCAUCAAAGAAAAAGUAGUUGCUCUUUUGUCCAAGCUUGACUCGUUGCCUUUUCAGCUUUCCUUGACAGCAGAACUGUUGUAA